CGCCCCCGCCCCUCAUUAGCCCCGCCCCGCAUUAGCCACGCCCCCUCGGGCCGUGAGGGCUCCGGCGGGCCCGGGAGGAGGGAGCGGCUCGGUUUGGCACAGCACGGCUCGGCCCGGCCCGGCCCGGCCCGGUUCGGUUCGGCUCGGCUUGGCAUUGUGAGCCCCUCCGCGAUAAAGGUGACUGCCUGCAGGGCUGAGGGACCUGAGGGAUGAUAACGGGCGCCGGCCAGAGCCAGCUUUCUAACUUACGUUGCCGUUACUUUUAUCCCGCGUUAACAGCGCGGUGUUGAGCGUUCGUGUCUCUGGGAUAGCCCUGCAGAGGCUGUUGCACAGACCGGCAGCACCCAGCACAUUCCAACAUCUCGGUGGCUGCCGAGCCAUUUCUGUGUGGGACUAGUUCAAACUGUGUGGAGGAAAUGUAUUAUGCUUGGCUGGAAAAUCCCAAAAGUGUACAUAAGGAUGUCACCUUCGCUUCUCUGUGUGUCUGACAAGUGCCACCUCGUGAGGAGGACUGAAUUCGUCAGUAGGGACUGGAUGUUUGUGGAUGGUCCAUCUGCCUCAUUUUGCCCAAAAGAAACAGCAGUGAUUCCUUGAGCAAGAACCAAGAGGAGCUUUUUCUGUUCAAGAGGAAAUGCCCUGGGCUUGGGACAUGGACAGCAUUGGAGGACGGUAGUGUUGGGGGUGUUCUUCAAUGAAGGCUCAAGGUCUUCCUCGCAUCUGAACUUCUCAACUUUGUCUUCGGAGCAUGUGCAGUUAUGGUGUUCCUUGGUCUUUCUGGAUGUUUUACAGAGCAAGUACAUCUCCAGCCAUGGCAGCUCAGUGUCACCAAACACUUCAGGUUUUCAAACAAAGCUUCAGCAUCCCUGCACGAGCUGGCAGGAGCUGUGUGUUUGUGGACCACUUCAGCAGACUCAGAGGGUUUUAUUAAUAACAUAAAAAUAUUUAGAGACCUACUUUAAGUCCUCAAUAGAAGACAUAUGUUUAUAAUCCUGCUUUAAAUACUUCAUAGAGAUGGCUGGCUGGAGACUGCUAGUUUGCCAAAAUGAUUGAGGCAAGCAGUCAAGUGUGAAAUUGGACAUGACCUAUUGACUGAUCUUCAAUACCAAAAUUAAAAGAUAAUGAUUAGCUUUUUAGAGUUCUCAGCAGAGGAAGUUUAUUCAUCCUUUAUAGGACAUUUGAAUCAGAACUACACAUUUGCAGAGUGCUGAUGAGGAUCACCUAAAAGAACAUUAGAGUGCUAGAUAUGCUUCUUAACUCCUAUCGGUCCUAGCAGUGGACUUGCACAUUAAUAACAGGCAUGCCUAAUGAGGCUGUGCCCGUGGCCACUGCACUGCUAAUGCUGGCUCCAGAAAAAAAAUUUUGUACACAAACUAGACAUAUUUAUUUAUUUUUUGCUUUUUGUAAAACAAGGUAUUUUUCCCUCCCCCCGACCAACAUUUCUUAAUGUAUAGAGUGUUUGAAAGGGUUUCCCCAGCUUACCAUCAGUACCAAAAAUGUUCUUUGAGACCAGACAGUUUGUGCGCUCUUUUAUAGCAGAAAAUAUUUCAGCCGUUCUCCCUAUUUUUCCUGCUGAGGUAAUGCAGAUGGGUAGCUUAAGGUCUGGAUUAAAAAUGGAACUUUUGUCACCUAAUAAUUUAUAUAGGCUAUAUGUAAGUAUCACUACCAAGAAGAAUGACAUCUUUAGUAUGUCUAACAUUUAAGAUAGGAAUUAUAAUGAUUUGCUCCCAGAAAGAAAUACUGAAUUAUAUGGAUGGAGAAAAUAGAGUAAAACCAUUGUCAAGUUCAGGAAUCUUUUAAAGACAUGACUAUGACAAGUAAUAUGGUCUCAGGAGAAUAAAUGAGAAGUGCAGAAUCACAGAAUGUAAGAGAUGCUCUCUGUGAGGAGGGAGUGAGGUUGGAGUUGCCAAAAGUACAUCCACUGAUUUUUUACACCAGGAGUGUGGUGGUAAACUGUUGCAGGAGAACAGACUGUCUGCAGGAAUUUACAAUUAAAGUGUUUGGGAAGAUUUACCUUCUUUAGCACAGGCAAGCUGAAUGUCUGCUGCUAGUGAGAUACAUAAACUAAAAUGUAGACUGAAAGUUCUGUUUUAGUCUGUAUUUCUGAGGCUGAGACUGUUCCUAAAACUUAAAAGGUGCUACUGAGGCAAAAGAGAAGAUAAUCUCAAAGAACAUAAAGCUGCAGAUUUUUUAUUUCUAGCUUUUUAAAAAUGAGAAUCUUUUCAUAGUUAAAUUAUGCUUGAAGCGGUAGUAGAUUGAACAAUAGAUCGAUUUUUUCCUCCCUUCAGCCCCAGCAAAUAUAAAUUCCAUGUGCAAAGCUCACACUCUAUUUGCUACUGUAGCAAAAUAAACUGCUUGUAAUGUGUCAAUUUACUCACAUAGAUGGAAGAUGGCAGGGGUUGUAAUAUUUAAUUGGACGUCGCAGAUGUUUCAUUUUUCGUAUUUUUGUAAAGAAAGGUAUGUUUUAUUUUUAAUUUACCAUUUAUUUUUAAUUAGUUUCUCUUUUAAGAAUAUCUAACCUGCCUAUUUGUAUACUGAUUUGCAAAAGUAUUUUCAUGUUUAGAAGGCUUAACAUAAAGAUUCCUCUAUGGACAUCAAUAUUGCAACCAUAAGAUUUCAGCUUCUGUUGACUUGUUAGCACUCCUGUUUUAUAGGGUGAAGAUGAAUUCCAUUUGAAGAGAAAAUGCUAUGCUAAAGUACCUUUAUCCUAAAAAACACCAAAGUAAGAUACUAUUCUAUUGAAUUGUGCUGUACAUACAAUGAAAAGGUAAAUCUACAAUUGUUUUGCUUGUCCCCACACAUAAGAAAAAUUGUGUUACAAUUGUAUAUGUAUACAAUAACAUAAAUAUUGAAAAGGAAUUUAAAAUUUUGACCACAGUGUAAUAUCCUGUUAAUGGAGAAACAAAGAUAUGAAAGAAAGGUGAGAUGUACAAUUACACACAUAUGUGACCAGUUUAUCUGUAUUCAGAUGACAGUCAUUUGGGAAAAUCCUGGUAAAGAAUUUUUAUGCAAAUUAUUUAUUUUUCAAAGAGUUGUGGCCGAAGUAGUAAUGCUUGACACUUCGCACUCUAUUCACUAUUUCAAAUGCAGAUAUCAUUAAUCAGAGGAAGCAAACCAAUUACAGCAAUUCUAUUUAUUUAUUGUUGACAUCCAUAAACAAAAAACAAAUUUCUGCACAAAAUUAUAUACUUAAACAUGUCUUUUUAAUUAAUAUUGACAUUUUCAUUAGAUGAUUUAUUUCCUCUUGAGGUCCUUUAUAUAACCAAUUUUCUGUUAAACACUAAUUGGACUGUCAUAAUUACAGCUGUGACAUGGGGCUUGGAACAUCCAAAAAAGAAGACAAGGAAAUAUUCCUGUAUGUUGAUAAAUGUCCUAAAUAUAAACGUACUGCUCUCACAUUGUCAUUGGAUGAUGGUUCAAAUAGAUCACAUAACGCUCUUUAAAUCCUGCUACAAGUCAGGCACUCUAGUUUCCCUUUAUCUGAUGCAGACUGAGGGUGUUUAAUAUCUUGUAGUGAUGUGCUUAUCAGGAUGUUAAUAAUAAAUCAGGCACAGGCAAAUGAUGCAGUUCUCCAUCUCAUAGGUGAAAGAAAAUAAUACCUAAUUAUAAAUGAGCAGUUGGUCAUGUUCCCAUGGUCACAAUAUGAGAUACGAUAGUUUCCCCAGUGUUGUGUUUUUCAUAAUAUGUUAAGGAAGGAAUGCGACUUUUACAAUGUUUGAUGCUUUUUUCUCUCAUACAUUUUAGUGUUAAUAUGGCAGAAUAACCAUGGGAGACUGGAAUUUCCUUGGAGGCAUUUUAGAGGAGGUCCACAUUCAUUCCACUAUUAUUGGAAAGAUUUGGCUAACGAUCCUCUUCAUAUUUCGAAUGCUUGUCCUUGGAGUGGCAACCGAGGAUGUUUGGAAUGAUGAACAAUCAGAAUUUAUAUGCAAUACUGAGCAGCCUGGUUGCAGAAAUGUGUGCUAUGAUGAGGCCUUUCCCAUCUCUCUCAUAAGAUACUGGGUUUUGCAAGUUAUAUUUGUGUCUUCCCCUUCUUUGGUGUAUAUGGGUCAUGCCUUAUACAGACUAAGAGCAUUGGAAAAAGAGAGGCAAAAAAAGAAAGCUCAGGUAAGGGUGGAACUUGAAAGCACUGAAUUAGAAAUGACUGAAAAUCGUAAAAGACUGGAGAGAGAGCUCCGGCAAUUGGAUCAAAGAAAGCUAAACAAAGCACCCCUAAGAGGCUCUUUGCUCUGCACUUAUGUGAUACAUAUUUUCACAAGAUCUGCAGUGGAAGUUGGCUUUAUGAUUGGGCAGUAUCUUCUUUAUGGUUUUCACUUAGAUCCCCUUUAUAAAUGUCAGAGAGACCCAUGUCCAAACACAGUUGACUGCUUUGUAUCUAGACCAAGAAAAGACAGUGUUUAUAUUAUUUAUGCAAUCAAUAGCAACUGUAUCAUUGCUUUUAAAUAUUCUAGAAAUUAUCCACUUAGGAUUCCGUAAAAUUAAAAUGGGACUCUGUGAGCAGAAUAAAAACAAAGAUGACUCCGACAAUUUCUACAUAAACAAAUCUAAGAAAUACUCUGCGAUACCACACUCUUCUUUGGGAAUAUCCACCACCCCUCAGAAAACACUUCCU